AUUGAGCGUUGAAGGAGGGAACGAUGUGCAAAGAGGGAAAAUCGAAGCUUGAACCUGCGAGGAAGAAUUGAACACCAGCCGCGCCGCCGCCCGCCCACCUGCGUCGUCCGCCACUCCGCCGUCCCUGCUUCUUAUCUGGACUCAGGCAGUCCUCCUUUGCCUCCCUCCAGGACUCCAGCCGGCCUCCAGAAUGGAUAACGAACACAUUGCCAAGAAAGGAAAGGUGUUAAUUUCAUCAUUCUUUCCAAAAGUGAAUCGUCAAGCUGGUGAAGGAAGUUCUGAACCUAUACCUACAAUAGUGCAAGAUCCACUCAAUGAGGUUCCUCCAUAUGCUCAAGUCCCUGAAAUCCAAACUAUCUCAAAUUUGGAGUUGUCUCCAUCUUUUUCUAUUGAGAGAGACCCGGGAAAAAGAAAGCAAAUUCAUGAAUAUCAUGUCAAUGUACGAGAUGAAAUGAGACGUGCAUAUCUAAAUGUUGGGCCUUAUCAACCGAGAAUGGAAGCUUAUCCAUUUAAAAAGAUUGGAGCUCAAAAACGAAGUUUUCAGAAACACUGGUUUGACAAGUUUAAUUUGUCAGAAACGAGUAAGGAGGAUAUAAGCUAGAGUGCUAAGAAUAGAAAGUUGCUAACCCCUUACAAUGAAAUAAAUGUUUCUAUUUAUACCACCAAUGGGUAGUUGGCUAUGCUGACGUGGAGUACUACGAGUGGGUGGAGUGGGUGGAGUCCCAACCACCAGAUCAUAGUAUUUAUAUACAUAUAGUAGUAUAUACAUGUCGAUUACAUGUAUAUACUACGCACUGUUAUACUAACCACCAGAUCAUAGUAUUUAUAUACAUAGUAGUAUAUACAUGUCGAUUACAUGUAUAUACUACGCACUGUUAUACUAGCACCCAGUGCCGAUCCUAUCUUAAUUCGGGCCUGAGUCGAACUUCACAGAAGGCCCUGUAGACUAUAAUAGAUUACUCCGUAUAAUAUUUCGUAGUCUACGUUGUUUUUAUGUUAAAGAUUAAACAUCAC